CAGAAGAGAAUAGGAACAAGGAUCCAAGUAUCCUCACUGAAACAGGAACAGCCUAAAGAUGCUUUCUCUUUGGAGACUCACUCUCUUGUGUGGCCUGCUCAUCGGCCCCUCCUGCUGCCUGCUAGAUUCCCUCAGCAUUUUGCCAGCUGUGGUAAAUAAGGACCUGGAUAUCCUGAAAGACAAGGUUCAAGUGCUUGGUCAUGAUUUUUUUGAUGAAAUGAGCAAACUGGAGAUUUCCCUAGAACAACUUGUGGGGACUAUAUUACGUGAUAUUGAGAAACUUUCUGGAAAAGCUCUUAAUGCUUUCAUCUCCAAAGUUGUAGCAUUUUUGGGGUUAAAGAUUGAGGACAUAGCAUAUCUGAACAUCAAACCUGAAUUGAGUGCUGAUGGCAACAGUCUCCAGCUCAGACUGCCUGUUAGUGCAGCAAUUACCUUGAAACUAAAUCCUUUGGCCUCAGAUCUUAUCAAAGCACAGGCUAAUCUGGAUGUCCUUCUCCAACUCAAAAUUGUGACUGAUGACAAGACUGGUCUUCCCAAAGUGACCCUUGGAGAAUGUUUAGUUGACCAAACCACUAUAAAGAUAACUAUUUUGGAUAGUUCUGCAAGUUUGCAGGCUCGUAUAGCAGAGAAGUUAGAUGCUAUUAUAAAGAAAUUAAUUCCUUCUGUAAUGCUGAAAAAGAUCUGUCCUCUUUUGGGGAGCUAUGCAAACCUCAUGGACGUCCAGAAAGUUCAGAAUUUGAUAAACCACCUUAAAACUGAGAAACCUGUGCAGGCCCCCGCGAUUUAACGCUGAUGAGUACCUUAAUCUAACCCACCUAACAAGUUCAUGUUCUCUUAUGUUUGAUGAGUUCUCUUAUAAUCCAGUCCAUAGAUGAGAUGUCUUUGAAGUCACUCAGUUUAAACUGAGUUUUGGAUUUAGUAAUCCAUGGGUCUCUUGCUGGGUAUCCUCAGGGACUAUCUCCUUCUAUUCUGUUUCUUAAACUGGAAUUCUCUUUGUGAAUGGUGGGUACUGUAUUUGUUUUAUUUCCCUGCAAAUAAAAAUAAUUCUUUUC